CACAUCGACAUUCGACGGAUUACCACAUAUAAGAUUUCUCUCCCACCCCUCGACGCCUUCCGCGAUUCCUGUCGCCUCCGGGGAAGACUCCAGUUCUUGGGUUGCUGCGCCGAGACCACAGGUUCAGUUUAUUGGAUUGUACCGUCGCGCGCGGUCUGAAGUUGUUGGCACGGAGAUCUCCAGUCCGAGGACACACAAAACCGACAUGGUGAACAAAAUCCCCUCUCCUCGGGAUGAACGGAACAAGAAACAUCUCUUCUCCAAGGCCACACUGGUGCGCUCUGUGAGCUUCAAACAGUGGCAAGGAGGAGAGAAAUCCACAGGUUCAGUUCAGAAUAAGAGCAAACAGAGCCUGAUAAAUGGCAUCCAAGACCGACGCAACUCUGACGCAUCGAGCCCCAAUGUAUCGUCCAGCCCCAAAUGUGAGCUUGAUGCUGCAGCCGUCAAACUUCAAAAGGUUUACAAGAGUUACCGGACCAGGCGAAACCUCGCCGACUGCGCAGUCGUCGUAGAGGAGCUAUGGUGGAAAGCACUGGACUUUGCAUCACUGAAGCACAGCUCGAUAUCGUUCUUCAACGGCGGAAAGCCCGAAACGGCGGCGUCGCGGUGGGCGAGGGCAAGGACAAGAGCCGCUAAGGUUGGCAAGGGGUUAUCUAAGAAUGGGAAGGCUCAGAAGCUGGCAUUGCAGCACUGGCUCGAAGCUAUUGACCCAAGGCAUCGAUAUGGGCACAAUUUGCAUAUCUAUUAUGAUGUCUGGUCCAGGAGUGAGAGUACGGAGCCCUUUUUCUAUUGGUUAGACAUUGGGGAGGGCAAAGAAAUAAAUCUUGAGAAUUGCCCUAGGACUAAACUUCAGGGGCAGUGCGUCAAGUACCUUGGACCACAAGAGAGGCAACACUAUGAAGUCGCUAUUGAGGGUGGCAAACUUAUCUUCAAACAAACUGGGGUUCUUGUGCAGACUUCGGAUGACUCCAAGUGGAUUUUUGUCCUCAGCACCACAAAGGCAUUCUAUGUUGGCCAGAAGAAGAAAGGAUCGUUUCAGCAUUCCAGUUUCCUAGCUGGUGGAGCCAUAACAUGUGCUGGACGAUUGGUGGUCAAAGAUGGAAUUCUCAAGGCAGUAUGGCCAUACAGUGGCCACUACCUUCCGACGGAAGAGAACUUCAGAGAUUUCAUUCGCUUCCUUCAGGAGAAUGACGUUAGCCUCACCGAUGUCAAGAAAUCUGCCAUCGACAAACAUGACGAGUACCCGUUGCCGAGCAAAUCUGACACUCAGCUUGAACAUGUUGAGCAUAACAAUGACGCUACUGAAGAUCUAGCCGAAGUUGAGAUAGACGGCGUCCUCGCCGUCGAGACAGACCACGGUGACAUGAGCGAUGCUGAGGAAGAUGCUGGCACUCCGGUGGACUCCCACACCACCGACACCGAAGGAGGAGGAGAAGAAGAAGAGGUGCAGCGGCCGCCGGCAAGCGUCGAUCAUGGCAAGAACCAUCAGACGUGCCGGUGGUCGACGGGCACCGGUCCACGCAUCCGGUGCGUGCGCGACUACCCGCAGGACCUCCAGUCCAGGGCCCUCGAGCACGUCAACCUCUCGCCCAGGCUCGCCGGCUCGCCGUCGAGGAAGAGGGACCCGGUGCCCUCGCCGCGCCCCAGCCCGGGGAUGAUACUGUCGCCGAGGCUCGCGUCAGUCGGGUUCCAGCCUCGGACCGUGUCACUCACGCUCCCAGACUUCAAGAGGAGCAGAUUGCAGUAAACAAUCCUGUUUUUGCGUAGCACAUCAGAGACUCGAAAUAACAACCUGUCCAUUUUUACCUCCACGGGGGCAGUGAUUCUUUACAGCUAGGUCAGCACUGAAUCUGAAAAACGCUACGUUAGCCGAUUUCAUUUUCUUUUCAGUGCAUUAGAGUGAGCCAAAGUCGUGUAGGCGUGAGCGCCCCUCCUUCAUUAGAAUUGGGCAAAACUUAUCAUGAUAGACAGUUGAAAAGUCGAUUUUCUUUAUGAAAUCUUAAACAUAUGUUCUGACAUUAAAAUUUAUUUGUGGUUAUAUGCCUCAUCGUUCCAUUAUCCAUCUUGCUCCGGCUACCGCGCCAAAGUAUAACGUGCGCGAGCCGUUUUAACGGACGCACUAAGACUCAGCGCACACGAGGAGCCGGCACUUUGCACUUUGUUCAAUUUUUAUGAAGAUAGAUAUGGAUAUUUCAAACAUAAAUAAAAAGACACAACAUAGUUUAAUUUCACGGCACAUCAACAAUCAUGCCACAUCAUCCAACCAAGUGCAAAAUCAUCCAACCAAGUUCAUCAUGAAAUAAAAAAAAGUUCA